AUGAAGUAUAUCCUGGUCACCGGCGGGGGGAUCUCGGGCAUUGGCAAGGGGAUCAUUGCCAGCAGCAUCGGCACCAUCCUCAAGUCCUGCGGGCUGCAUGUCACCUCCAUCAAGAUCGACCCCUACAUCAAUAUCGACGCUGGCACCUUCUCCCCCUACGAGCACGGGGAGGUGUUUGUGCUGGAUGAUGGAGGGGAGGUGGACCUGGACCUUGGUAACUAUGAGCGCUUCCUUGAUAUCCGACUCACCAAAGAUAACAACCUGACAACUGGGAAGAUCUACCAGUAUGUCAUCAACAAGGAGAGGAAGGGAGACUAUCUUGGCAAAACUGUCCAAGUUGUUCCCCACAUCACGGACGCUAUACAAGAAUGGGUGAUGAGGCAGGCCCGAAUUCCUGUAGAUGAAGAUGGCAUUGAACCCCAAGUUUGUGUGAUUGAGCUUGGUGGGACUGUAGGCGAUAUCGAAAGCAUGCCUUUCAUCGAAGCUUUCCGCCAGUUCCAGUUCAAAGCCAAAAGAGAGAAUUUUUGUAACAUUCAUGUCAGUCUAGUUCCCCAGCCAAGCUCUACAGGAGAGCAGAAGACUAAACCCACCCAAAACAGUGUUCGUGAACUCAGAGGUCUUGGUCUCUCCCCUGAUCUGAUUGUUUGCAGGUGCUCCACUCCAUUGGAUACCUCAGUAAAAGAAAAGAUUUCCAUGUUCUGUCAUGUUGAACCAGAACAGGUCAUCUGUGUUCAUGAUGUCUCUUCUAUCUACCGGGUCCCUCUGUUGUUAGAGGAGCAGGGAGUUGUUGACUACUUCAGGCACAGGCUUGACCUCCCCAUUGAGCGGCAGCCCCGGAGGAUGCUCAUGAAGUGGAAGGAGAUGGCAGAUAGGUAUGACCGUCUCCUUGAAACAUGUUCUAUUGCGCUUGUUGGCAAAUACACCAAGUUUUCAGAUUCCUAUGCAUCUGUCAUUAAAGCACUGGAGCAUUCUGCACUGGCCAUCAACCACAAACUUGACAUUAAGUAUAUUGACUCUGCUGACUUGGAGCCAGAUACUCUGCGGGAAGAACCUGUCCGAUACCAUGAAGCAUGGCAGAAGCUGUGUGGUGCUGAUGGAGUUCUGGUUCCUGGUGGAUUUGGUGUUCGAGGGACAGAAGGCAAAAUUCAAGCUAUUUCCUGGGCAAGAAAACAGAAAAAACCGUUCUUAGGAGUUUGUUUGGGAAUGCAGUUAGCGGUUGUGGAGUUUGCACGCAGUGUUCUUGGUUGGCAAGAUGCGAACUCGACAGAAUUUGACCCCAAAACUGCUCAUCCAGUGGUCAUAGACAUGCCAGAACAUAAUCCUGGGCAAAUGGGCGGGACCAUGAGGCUUGGCAAGAGAAGAACACUCUUCCAAACGAAGAAUUCAAUCAUGAGGAAGCUGUACGGAGAUCAUGAUUUCUUGGAGGAGAGACAUAGACACAGAUUUGAGGUCAAUCCAGAAUUGAAAAAGUGUUUUGAAGAGCAAGGUUUGAAGUUCGUAGGCCAGGAUGAGGAGGGAGAGCGAAUGGAAGUGGUUGAGUUGGAAGAGCAUCCUUUCUUUGUUGGUGUUCAGUAUCACCCGGAGUUCCUCUCAAGACCAAUUAAGCCAUCCCCCCCGUACUUUGGCCUCCUCUUGGCGUCUGCAGGAAGACUCACACAUUAUCUACAAAAGGGCUGCAGGCUCUCGCCCAGGGACACGUACAGCGACAGAAGCGGCAGCAGCUCGCCUGACUUGGAGAUAACAGAGCUGAAGUUUCCAUCAGUAAAUCAUGACUGAUUCCUGAUGUGUCUUCGCUGAAGAGAAGAAUCUUCAUUAGAUUUUUCCAGGCGCUCUUAUGGCAAUAGCUUGAACACUGUCAGCUAUGGGCUUUCUUAAGUUAUGGUUUUAUAAUUUUUGUUAUGAAAUUAUGUCCCUUUAUUUUCUCAGCUCUUCUGUCCUUCGUUUAUUUUCUGUGUAGUUUCUGUUUAUUUCCAAAGGAGAGCUCAUCACAGCACACAUACCUCUAGACUUUUUUCAGUUUAUCACCAUCUUGGAGAUAAAAAGCAAAUGAGGGGCUGGGGGUUUGAUGUGCUGGGGAGAAUCCAGUUGCACGUUUCCUUCCUAUGGCUCAGGAACGCUGCCUUGAGUUUGGAUCUGGGGCACUGGCAGUUGAGUUGAUUUCUCCUCCUGUUCCGCUCCCUCAGCAGCUUUUAUUCCUCACUGGUGAAACAGGGUGGAUGGCAACUAGAUUUUGGGGGCUCGCUCGGUUGUUGAGCGGUGCUGUGCUGCAGAGGAGGGGGGGAAUAAUGUUUUGUAUGGGGUUUUUUUAGUAGUAGUUUAAAAUGUUUGGCACUGGGGUUCUUGGUGCCUUCAUCGCCAGCAAUGAACUUUGAACCAGGGAAAUCUUCCUGGAACAGAGUUAAUUUGGAACAGGAUCAGCUCUGAGGGCGAUAACGUCACCGCAGGGAUGUGAUGAGCUGGGAUCACGUGGGGAAAAAACCUGAACAAAACCAAAGCAGAACUGUCAGGAGUGGCCUGACCCGAGGUGUGAGUGGAGCUGCCAGCCCUUCCCUGCCAGUGUUCCUGGGGCUGGGAAACCUCAGUUCCUUGUGCUGGGGGGAGGGACAGGGCCGGGGUGACCCGCUCUGGGUGCUGCCUCCAACUGCUCCGGUGGGGUUUGCCUUGGGCUGAGCAGUUGGUGGUGCUUUGUUCUGUUGGUUGGAAGCGGAGCCUCCCCUGUCCUUUGUCUGUGUGUCCUACUCCCCGUGCGGGGAGGGGUGUCCUGCUUCCCCUGGUGUUCCCUGUCCCUGGGUGGGUGUGGGUCUGUGCUGUCCUGCCGUGGGGCGCUCAGCUCUCCAGUCCUGCCCUGGGAAAUACAUCACCUUUUUUUUUUUUUUUUUUUUUUUCCUUUAUCCCCCUUUCUCCUGCCUCUUCCUGCAGGGUAAGCGGGACAGUUUUUGGUCUGUGGUACAUUAGAAGAAAGGAGGGAAGUGUCCCGGUGUCUGGAGCAGGGGGUGUUGGGAGCCCUGCAGUUGGCUGCAGUCUGGGGAGAGCUGUGGGGCUGCAGCCGGGCUGAGCACCCACCCCCAGCGUGUCUGAUGCCAAACUCCAUGAAGCCCUGUCCUGUCUCAUCCCAAGUGAUCUUUUUCCACAGCCCCUCUUGCUUUAUUCCUCAAUUACUUUAACUAUACCGUGUAAAGCUGCUUUUAGCCUGGAAAGCUUUAAGCAUCUUCCCGUGUGCCGGUGCUGGAGGAGCGAUGGGCCGUGGGGAGAGGGGCUCGGUGCUGACCCCACGCAGGGGGGGGUCCCCUGGGCAGUGGGACCACCCUUGUCUCUAGCACAGCUUUGUUUUCCUCUUAAAUGGUUUUCUUUUGGCCAAAACUGCAACUGACUUGGUCAUUAAAUGCUUAUUUGUAAUAAAAUUAAUAACUAGC